AUGAUUGGCCAGAAUCCGGUUACCGCAGCAGACCUUGAUGUCGUAGGGAAUCUGGCGCCCACUCUUACACCGCCCAUGACCAAAUUAUUCCAGCAGCUGUGCGAUAGGGCCCAGAGUCAUAUCCUCAAGGCGAAGUGGCAACAGAAGCUCUACGCAGAUGCUCACCGGCGAGACGUGAUCUUCAAUCCAGGCGAUCGGAUCUGGAUCAGCAGUCGUCACCUUCCGGGACGUAACCAGUGUUCUAAGUUUGAGCCUCGGUUUCGCGGCCCUUUCAAGGUCUUGGAACGCAUCGGCCAGGUUGCAUACCGCAUUGAGCUCCCACCAACGUACACAUGCCAUAACGUCUUCCACGUCUCGCAACUUAUUCCUGAUCGCCCCCGCGACCCCCAGAUGCAGUCCAAGGAAGCAGCUGUGAAGUGGCUACCGGUCACUGGUCCGGACGGUAACCCUUCCGAUAUCUACGAGGUCGAUUAUAUUCUGGAUCAACGCGGCUCCGGUGCAUAUCUUCAAUAUCUUGUCAAGUGGAGAGGUGCCCCAGAAGAGUGUGCGACUUAG